UCAGUGUAGAUGUGUGUUGACAUAUGGAAUGUUCCGCCCCUCUUCUGUUUUCUUUAAAAAGCUAUAAUGUGCUAUUGACUGCAUUUCAUCGGACCAGCAGUUGUGCUAAACUUGCAAAAAUGAGGUCAGCAGUUUUUGGUUUGUUUCUGUGCGCUGUCCUUCCUCUGGUCAAUGCUGGAUGUUUCAGCGCAGAACGCAAAUCAACAGAAAAGUUUUGCCAGGACUCAGUAGAUAAGACUUGGCAUCCUACUGGAUCUGUUUGGAGAAACAGUAAAUGUUUUGACUGUAAUUGUUCUGCUGAUUCCAUGAGGUGCUGUGAUGCAAUGGAGAGGCCUGUUAAUUAUCCUGAAAAGUGCCAAGUGGAGUACGAUUACACUACAUGCACAUUUGAAGUGUUUGAGAAAGUUCCCUGUUCUGCUACUGGCGGUGUUCUCGGUAAAUGAUGACCAUGUGUUAUUGUGUUAUCUGCUGAUUUAAAGGACAGUACCUUUUGUUCACAUUAAAUAACAUUUAGUUUAUUAGUUUCAAGUGUAUUUUAACAUUAAACAACAUUAUGUGGCAUUGAUAUAUAACCUGGCCACAGAAAUGUCAAAAUGGACACAAAAUGUUGGUCAACAUGAAUUGGACACACAUUUGGGAAAUUCUGAUUUACAUGAUUAAAUGUAAAAAAGCUUAAAUUAAUUGUACACUUGUGUUUAUACCAUUAAAACAGAAUCAGUACAGUC